CAGCCUUCUCCUCCCACCUCUUCUCUCUCUCCGGCUGAAAGUUCUCCGAGUUCUCUGGAUGGGGCUCCAGUCCUGGCGUUGGGUUCGAGAACCCUGAGACCGGGCCGUGGCCUCCACUCGAGUCUACACUCCCCGACCCAAGUCCGCCCCGCGCCUGGCUGCACUUGGGCCCUUGCCGGACUCAGCCGUUCAUCCCUGGCCUCCACCGCCGCCGCCUCCGUCGCCCGAGUCCCAAUGGGGGAGUGAGAGGCCCCCGCCGGCCGGACAUGGCCCUCCCCGCCGUGCCUGGCCUGCUGCUGCCGCUGGUGCUCCUGGCCCUGUCCAUGGAAAUAUAUCCCUUACGGGUUAUUGGACUGGUUGCCUAUCCUGGGGACCUGGAGGAGAGCGACAGUCCGUGCCCCCAGGGGAAAUACAGCCACCGGCGGAACAAGUCCAUCUGCUGCACCAAGUGUCACAAAGGAACCUACUUAUACGAUGACUGUCCAGAACCAGGACGGGAAACGGACUGCAGGGAGUGCGAAAAGGGCACCUAUACCGCUUCGGAAAAUUUCCUCAACCAGUGUCUCAGCUGCUCCAAAUGCCGACCGGAAAUGAGGCAAGUGGAGAUUUCUCCAUGCACAGUGGACCAGGACACCGUAUGUGGCUGCAGGAAGAACCAAUACCGGAGCCCCGUGUCCAGAGACAUGUUCAAGUGCGAAAACUGCAGCCUCUGCCCUAAUGGAACCGUAACCAAGCCCUGCCAGGAGCAUGAGGACACCGUGUGUACCUGCCACGCAGGCUUCUACCUAAGUAAAAACAUGUGCAUCUCCUGUAGUCAAUGUAAAGAUCCUGAGUGCCAGAAGCUGUGCCAGCCACCCACUGAAACGGUCCAGCACCCUCAGGACCCAGGCACCAAAGUGCUGCUACCCCUGGUGAUCAUCUUUGGUCUUUGUAUGCUGUCCCUCCUCUUCAUCCUUUUAAUGUGCCACUACCAGCGGCGGUGGAAGCCCAAAUUCUACUCCAUCGUUUGUGGGAAAGCUACACCUGUCAAAGAGGGGGAGCCGGACAGAGAGAGAAUCACUGCGAAACCCUUCCCUUCUGCCCCAGGCACGUGUCCCAUCUCAGGCGCCUAUCUUACUUCAGGCUUCAGCCCCCUUCCCCGCCUCCCUGAGAACUGGCCCAACCUCAGCGCUGUGUCAGCCUCCGGGGAGGUGGCCUUCACUUGCCGGGAGGCUGACCACGACUUCAGCACCGUCCUGACCUCCGCCCCCAUCACCCCGCCGUACAAAGCGGAGGAUAGCGCCCCGCCGCAGCCGCAGCCGCAGCCGCAGCCGCAGCCGCAGCGUGCAGACACCGACCCCGUCACGCUGUACGCCGUGGUGGAUGGCGUGCCCCCGGGACGCUGGAAGGAGUUCGUACGGCGCCUGGGGCUCAGCGAGCAUGAGAUCGAACGGCUGGAGCUGCAGAACGGGCGCUGCCUGCGGGAAGCUCACUACAGCAUGCUGGCGGCCUGGCGGCAGCGCAAACCGCGCCACGAAGCCACUCUGGACCUGCUGGAACGUGUGCUCCGCGAAAUGGACCUGGUCGGCUGCGUGGAGGACAUUCAGGAGGCGCUGAAGGCCCCCGCCUACCAGCCCGCGGGGUCCCACCUUCUCCGGUGAGGCCUAGCCUCACUUCUGCAGGACUUCGAAGGGGCGCUGUGGCCCCGCCUCCCCGCGAGGCCACGCCCCGCUACAGGACAUCAGACACUGCGGCCCCGCCCCCAUGAGGCCACGCCCGCUCCUCUGCAGGACGUCAGGGGCGCUGAGGCCACGCCCCCACGAGGCCACGCCCCGCUCAUCUAAGGACCUCAGAGGGGCACUGUGGCCCCGCCCCGUGAGGCCACGCCCCGCUCAUCUAAGGACAUCGGGCAUGGCCCCGCUUCCUUCCCCGGUCGCCCGCUUCAGGUGAGGCGGGACUCGGUGUUUCUCCUCCCCUGAUGGAGCCUAGACCCCCGCCUUGGAGGAGGGGCCAUUUCUGCGUUGGAGCUGAGCGCUGGGCAUUUUUGUUUUGUGAGCAGGCAGCCACUUGCCUGGUGCUACCCCUUCCUGAAGCCCACUUGCGAAGGUCCACUCAAGUGCCCAAGGGGCUGGUUGCGGGGUAAAGGGGCACUCUAAUCAAGAGAUGAGAUGGCGGUUCCCAGCGAAGCUGCGUGGACCCCUGAUAGGCCCCUCGGCCUUUCGCGGCAGAUCAGCAUGAUUGCUAUCAGUUUCAUUACACUAAUGGAAUCCUGGCAUUCCUGGGUCCCCUGCCUAGGACAGGGGAAAGGGCAGCACCGCGAGCCCCGAUGGAGUUCUGUGUACGUGUCACUAAAACUCAGACAUUAAAGCUCUGCUCCUCAAGGAA